AUGGAGCUUGUAAAGCACACUCAGCAUAUUGGACGAAGACCUCCCUAUCGUCCUUCUUAUGAAGAAGGAUUGUCCGGGAGGUUCUUCACUGGUCGAGGAUCAUUUUCUUUUGAAGGUAAGACUUUAGAUGUUAGGCAAGUACCUCAGGCGAUGUCCUCCAGCUCGUAUGAAGUCGGCCGAAACAUGGUCCGAUCCCGGAACCGUGGCUGCCUUCAUGGUUUGAUUGCGGUGCGUACUUCAGCAGGUAGAAUCCGUGGUGGUAUUCCUCCAGUGGAAAUAAUGGGGUUUGAUACGGGUGUUGACGAACGAAAGUUAAGUCUGACCACUUUCAGUUGGCGAUGUCCUCCAGCUCGUAUGAAGUCGGCCGAAACAUGGUCCGAUCCCGGAACCUUGGCUGCCUUCAUGGUUUGA